AAUUUUGUAGAAAUUGUUUUACAAGCUGAAUUUAGUUUUAUUAAGAUUGUUAGAAAUGGAAAUCGUCCGACCGCUUUAUUGCCCGCUUUGCAAUCUGGAGGUAAUGGAAGCUUUGAAAAAUAUUAAGGAUACCAAGAAAAAGUUUGGUUUAAGGAAUCUUGCAACAAUUACUUAUGAGACCUUACAAUACUUGGAAGAGUCACCAUGUAAAUAUCAAAACAGUAAAAAUAUUAUAGAAUUUCUGAAAGAAAUGGAAUCUUAUAAACUCAUGCCUAAAGAGUGUUUGAUGAUGGUUAACGAUCCUCCCACCAGUGCGUUGCACAUUCAAUUAUUAAUUGAAGAUAGCGAAGAACGUUUAACUGAAGAGCAAGUAAAUGAAAUUUUGCAAAUCUCCAGAAAAUAUUUUCCAGGCCCUCCACCAGAAAAUAACUGAUUAUAAAUUUUAAUUGUUACAUUAAAAAUUUAAUUUGUGGCAUUUCAAGUUACUGAAUCAAUUAUAAAAAGCCUUUUACAAAAUA